AUGGAAAAAUCGGAUGAGCAACGUUUCUCGAGGAUUCACUGUGGCGAUGAGAUGAAGUCGAGCGAUUGUUAUUUCUGUGAACGACCUAUGGACACUCACUUCGGCGAUGAUCGAGUCUUUCUGGAGAGUGGAAGGCACACGUUUUGUCUCUGCAAUCACUGCUACAAGAGAUAUGAUGAGUUGAAGUCAUGCCCAACUUGUGGCAACGCCGUCAAACUCUUGAAAGCCAAAAUACUGCCCGUCGAAGAGCUUACACAAUUGAAUGAUGAUCUU